AUGCCUCCUCGCCGCUCGGCUCGCCAGUCGGUCUCCGCUCCAAAGCGAGACGAGGUGAUCGUCAUCUCAUCCGACGACGAAAAGAUGGCGCUGGCAGCGCCAGAGACCCCUGUCGCCACCUCGUCCACUCGUCGUCGGGCCGCGAGCUCGCUGGCCGCAUCCGCCAUCAGCACUCCUGCCACUGCACGAUCUUCCCGCACCAACUCGACGUAUGCGUCUGGCAGUCACACUCCCGAGACUUCGGUGGAAGGUGACGACGACAGCAAGUACGAUACGAAGCACCACCCUGACGCGAACGAGCUCAAGCACGGUCUUGUUGCUCCUGCUUCUCGCGCUAAGCGUGCCAGCAGAUCCUCAUCUAUCAAGGCGCAAGUCAAGACCGAGUCGUCGCCCGCCAUGUCCGGCCCCGCGAGUGAAGCUCGGAAGCGCAAAGCGGCUGCACCGGCUGUAGCCACGCCUUCCAAGACACCCAAGGUCGAAGCCGAUGACAAGUUAGUUGCUCGACGACCAUCAGUUCGCGGUAGGUCCUCAUCCAAGCCUGAGCCGAAGAGCUGGUCUCAGGAGGACGAAGAUGCCCUCGACGCCUUGCUCGACAAGGAGCUGGGACCCUCGACCUCGUCUGCGGCGGCGGUCAAGGCAGAAGCUGGUAGCAGCAAGUCGCGAAGCAAGGGAAAGGCAAAGGGGAAAGGUCAAGUCAAGGCCGAGCCCCGAACGUCUGCCAAGGUCGAAGACGAGAGCGACGAUGUCUUCGAUGAUCCAGACCUCACCCCCCGCUCGCGUCGUCUGCCCCGCCGCAGUGCCGCCUCCGCUACCAAAGCAUCCAAAUCGUACCUUGACGACUCCGAAGACGACAAGCUUUCUCUUCUCGACGAAGAGGCUGACAAAUACGAAGACGAUGACUUUUCCUUCGACGACCAGAGCAGCGAUGACGAGCCGCUCUCGCGCAAGAACAAGAAGUGGCCGGCUUACACGGCCAGCAGCGCCGGCGCGGCCGCGGGCGAUGCCGGGCCCAGUACCUUUGCGACGCUCGAUGACAUCAAGUUCGACUCGGACACGGACGCUACCGAUGACGACGAUUUCCAGCCCCGUGGUGCCAACAGCAACAACUUCUACGCAGAAGACGUCCAGUACGAGACCGCCAAGCAGCGUAAAGCUCGUCUGCGCAGCGAGAAUCACCAGGCGCGUCUCAAGAAGAAGGAUGCUCGCACCCAGUACGACAAGAACCUGAUCGCCCUCGUCAAGCACCAUCCCCAGCUCAAGAAUGUCUGGGAGAACCUGCAAAAGACGGUGGCCAUCAUCAAGCCCGAAGAGGCCGAGCAACCGUCGGGACUCAACAUCAAGCUUUUGCCGUUCCAACGCGAGGGUCUGUUCUGGAUGACGCGCCAGGAGCAGGGCACAUGGAAGGGAGGCAUGCUUGCCGACGAGAUGGGCAUGGGAAAGACCAUUCAGAUGAUCAGCCUCAUGCUCUCGGAUCGCAAGAAGCCAUGUCUUGUCGUCGCGCCCACCGUCGCCAUCAUGCAGUGGCGCAACGAGAUCGAGCAGUACACGGAACCGAAGCUCAAGGUGCUCAUGUGGCACGGUGCCAACCGCACGCAGAAUCUCAAAGAGCUCAAAGCGGCCGACGUCGUGCUCACGAGUUACGCCGUGCUCGAGAGCAGUUUCCGGAAGCAAGAGACAGGCUUCCGCCGCAAGAACGAAAUUCUUAAGGAAAAAUCGGCGCUGCACGCCGUUCACUGGCGCCGCAUCAUCCUCGACGAAGCGCACAACAUCAAGGAGCGCUCCACUAACACCGCCAAGGGAGCAUUCGCGCUGCAAGGCGACUUCCGCUGGUGUCUUAGCGGCACGCCGCUGCAGAACCGUGUCGGUGAGCUGUACUCGAUGAUCCGCUUCCUCGGUGGUGAUCCGUUCGCUUACUACUUCUGCAAAAAGUGCCCGUGCAAGUCGCUGCACUGGUCGUUCAGCGACCGACGCAACUGCGACUCGUGUGGCCACACGCCCAUGCACCACACGUGCUACUGGAACAACGAGAUCCUCAAGCCCAUCCAACGCAGCGGUGCCCAGCACGGCGAGGGCCGCGAUGCGUUCCGACGUCUACGUAUCCUGCUCGAACGCAUGAUGCUUCGACGCACCAAGCUGGAGCGAGCCGACGACAUGGGCCUGCCGCCUCGUACCAUCGAGGUGCGUCGCGACCUCUUCAACGAGGAAGAGGAGGAUCUGUACACGUCGCUGUACACAGACACUACGCGCAAGUUCAGCACCUAUCUCGACCAGGGCACGGUGCUCAACAACUACUCGAACAUCUUCACCCUGCUGACCCGCAUGAGGCAGCUCGCCAACCAUCCAGACCUGGUGCUGCGAUCCAAGACAGGGCUCGCGUCGAAGCUGCUCGGCGCGGAUCAGAGCGAGAUCCACGUCUGCCGUAUCUGUACCGACGAGGCCGAGGACGCCAUCAUGUCGCGCUGCAAGCACAUCUUCUGUCGCGAGUGCGUGCGGCAGUACCUCGACGCGGACAUCGCGCCAGGCAUGGUCCCCGAUUGCCCUUAUUGCCACGCCACGCUGUCGAUUGAUCUUGAGGGUGAGGCGCUCGAGCCCCCGCAGAGCACGAUCCGCAUGAACGACUCGGGCCGUCAGGGCAUUCUGUCGCGUCUCGACAUGGACAAGUGGCGAUCGAGCACCAAGAUCGAGGCGCUUGUGGAGGAGCUGACGCAGCUGCGGAGCGAGGACAAGACGAUCAAGUCGCUCGUCUUUUCGCAAUUUGUCAACUUCCUGGACCUGAUCGCCUUCCGGUUGCAGCGCGCCGGGUUCCAGAUCUGCCGACUGGAGGGCAACAUGUCGCCCGAGGCGCGAAACCGCACGAUCAAGCACUUUAUGGAGAAUCCGGGCGUGACGGUGUUCCUGGUGUCGCUCAAGGCGGGCGGUGUUGCGCUCAACCUGACCGAGGCGUCGCGUGUCUACCUGAUGGACCCGUGGUGGAACCCAUCGGUCGAAGUGCAGGCGAUGGAUCGCAUCCACCGUCUUGGUCAGCACCGUCCGAUCAUCGUCAAGCGCAUGGUGAUCGAAAACAGCAUCGAGUCGCGUAUCAUUGAGCUGCAGAACAAGAAGAGCGCCAUGAUCGAGGCCGCCAUCGGCAAAGACGACGGUGCUAUGGGUCGAUUGAGCGUUUCCGAUCUGCGAUUCUUGUUCACGCUCUGA